AUGUCUCUCUCCAACAAGCUCCCCAUCACCGCCGUUGACCUUAAGGACAAACGUGUCUUGAUCCGUGUCGACUUCAACGUCCCUCUCGAUGAGAAUAAGAACGUCACCAACCCCCAGCGUAUCGUCGGUGCUCUCCCCACUAUCAAGUAUGCUAUUGAGAAUGGUGCCAAGGCUGUUGUCCUGAUGUCCCACCUCGGUCGUCCUGAUGGCAAGCCCAACACCAAAUACAGUCUGAAGCCCGUCGUUCCCGUGCUGGAGAAGCUGCUCGGCAAGAGCGUUGUCUUCACUGAGGACUGCGUUGGCGCCGAGACCGAGGAGGUUGUUAACAAGGCCUCCGGCGGCCAGGUGAUUUUGUUGGAGAACCUGCGUUUCCACGCUGAGGAGGAGGGUAGCUCUAAGGAUGCCGAGGGCAAGAAGGUCAAGGCUGAUCAAGCGAAGGUUGCCGAGUUCCGCAAGGGCUUGACUGCUCUUGGUGAUAUUUACGUCAACGACGCCUUUGGUACCGCCCACCGUGCCCACAGCUCCAUGGUCGGCGUUGAGCUUCCCCAGAAGGCCGCUGGUUUCCUCGUCAAGAAGGAGCUUGAGUACUUCGCCAAGGCUCUUGAGAACCCCGCCCGACCUUUCCUGGCCAUUCUGGGUGGUGCCAAGGUCUCUGACAAGAUUCAGCUGAUUGACAACCUUCUGCCUAAGGUGAACAGCCUCAUCAUCACCGGUGCCAUGGCUUUCACUUUCAAGAAGACCCUGGAGAAUGUCAAGAUUGGCAAUUCCCUCUUUGACGAGGCCGGCAGCAAGAUUGUUGGCGAGAUCGUUGAGAAGGCUAAGAAGUACAACGUCGAGAUCGUCCUGCCCGUCGACUACGUCACUGCCGACAAGUUCUCUGCGGAUGCCACUAUUGGUGCGGCUACUGACGCCUCUGGCAUUCCUGACGGCUACAUGGGAUUGGAUGUCGGUCCCGAGUCUGUGAAGAGCUACCAGAAGACCAUUGCUGAGGCCAAGACUAUCCUCUGGAACGGUCCCCCUGGUGUCUUUGAGUUGAAGCCUUUCGCCAAUGCCACUGAGAAAACCCUCGAUGCGGCUGUCAAGGCUGCCGAGUCUGGCUCCAUUGUUAUCAUUGGUGGUGGUGAUACUGCUACCGUUGCUGCCAAGUACGGCGUUGAGGACAAGCUUUCUCACGUUUCCACUGGUGGUGGUGCCUCGCUUGAGCUGCUGGAGGGUAAGGAAUUGCCUGGUGUUGCUGCUCUGUCCAGUAAGUCCUAA